UUACCAACAGAAUCCAGUCCCAAGAAGCAAAUCUAGAAAACAAAGAAGGAAGAAAAGAAAAAGAAUGUCUCCAAUUAUGGACUCACCUCUUACAACUGCCUGAUCUUUGAUACACAACACCCAGUAAUGCUCUUUUCCCUGGCUACAAUGUCAGCAUUCCCAAUGAAUGGAGCUUUUUGUUUCUUUUGGAUUUCCUGUGUUUUCAUUUUUCCACUGGGUCAGCAAGGAACGGAAGCCUUUCGGUGUGGCAAUGGCGUCUCCUUGCCACCUGACAAUGUGUGUGACUUCACAAAUCAGUGUGCGGACAAUAGCGAUGAGCAGCAAUGCUCUAACUACGAAAGAUGUGAUUUUGAGGACGGGCUCUGCAAUAUGGAACAAGAGAGUGUACAAUUUGGUUGGAAAAAGAGAAAUGGGAUAACCAGUCUAACACCACCAUUUCAUGAUCACAAUGGUGAUAUGUCUGCCUGCUUCCUCUCACUGGUCUCCAGAGUGGAUGGUAAUUCCUCAAACUUGAGAAGCAGACUUUUCCUUCCAACUAAGGACCAACAUGCUUGUCAGAUUACAUUUUAUCACUUCUUGAGCCAUGUGAAUGGCAAAUUGAUGGUAGGUCUUCAAACCGAAUGUGGUGGUCCUGUUGGGAACUUAUGGCAAAACACAGCCAAGCUCCAAAAUCGAUGGGAAAGAAAUGUCAUCAAAAUCCAGAGUUCAAAGAACUUUCAGGUUGUCUUUCAAGGUCAAAUGAUUGCAACUCAUGAACAGGAUGUAGUCAUAGCUAUUGACGACAUAUCUUUCAGUUCAGGCUGCUUGCCUGUGCAUGAUGAAAUUUUACCAUGUCAAGAAACACUGAAUGCCGAGCAGGAAUCAUGUCACCCAGAUAUGAGUCUCUGCAAAUUUGAUUCCACAGAUGAAGAAUUGAGAAUGUGUCAGCCCUGUGAGUUUGACUUUGACUUGUGUGACUGGACAGCAGAAGCAUCUCCUGGGCAAAUUUCUUGGAUGCGCACAAAAGCCAGCGAGUUCACAGCAAUAGAAUCUGCAUCUCAGCAGAACCUUACUAGCAAUGAUGAAGGUUACUUUGUGUGGGUUGGGGCCACACAUGCUUUCCCUCUUAGCCAUUUAGACAGCAGGGCUUUUUUAAACAGCUCUCUGUGUCACUGCUGGGGCAAGAGCUGCCACCUUCAAUUCUCUUACUGCAUGGAAAACGGUGUCCUGAGAGUGGGACUGUACCAUAAUGAGGAAGAAGAAAUAUUUUGGAUGUCCAAUACAUCAACUCACAGCAAAUGGGUGAAAGUAGAUGUGCUAAUACCGGAAGGUCUGAAGACAUUUAAGAUAGUUUUUGAAGGUGUUCUUUUGAGCCAGAGAAGUUUUAUUGGGCUUGACCGGUUGUGGGUCUAUGCCUGUGGAGAGACCCUCUCCAGAAAGCUUUGUUCUGCAGAGGAAUUCACCUGUGCCAGUGGCCAGUGCAUUGCCCAAGAUUCAGUCUGUGACUCCAGACAGGACUGCUCUGAUGGGACUGAUGAAGACCCAACAACUUGCUUGAAUCGUCUCACCUGUAACUUUGAGUCUGGUUUCUGUGGCUGGGAGCCAUUUCUCACAGAAGAUUCCCACUGGGAGGUGGUGAAGGGAUUGAGCAGUGGAGAGCACCAUUUUCCAAAAGCCGAUCACAUAGAAAACACAAAUCAUGGAUCAUUUAUUUAUUUGAGGGCACAUCAAUCCCCUGGGGUGGCCAAGCUUGGAAGUCCCAUCCUCACAAAAUUGCUCACUGCCUCUACUCCAUGCCAGGUACGGUUUCGGUAUCAUUUAUCUGAGCAUUCAUCUCUCUCAGUCUUUACAAGAACAUCCCUGGAUGGAGAUUUGCAAAAGCAAGGUGAAAUGGUUGGAUUCUCUGAAUCUCAGUGGAGUCAAGCAAAAAUUGAUCUCUGUGCAAAAGCUGGAGAAUCUACACUGCCUUUUCAGUUAAUCUUAGAAGCCACUGUUUUGUCAUCAAAUGCUUCUGUUGCUAUAGAUGACAUCAGUGUAUCCCAGGAAUGUGAAGUUUCACAUAAGCCACUCCCAGGGGGCAGCAUACAAAAUAAAGUUUCCAGUUGUGAUUUUGAAGCAAACAGCUGCGGUUGGUUUGAAGCAAUUGCUGGUGACCAUUUUGACUGGGUAUGGAGUUCCCAAAGUCAUCUUUCUGCUGAUUUUAAGCACCAGGCGCCCCCUCAGGAUCAUACUCAUAACACAACUGAAGGCCAUUUUAUGUUUAUUCUGAAGAACAGAAACAGCUUAUCCCAAGUUGCUAAACUCCAGAGCCCAACUUUUAGCCAGACAGGGUCUGGGUGCACACUUUCUUUCUGGUUUUAUAACUAUGGCCUGUCAGUGGGAGCAGCUGAGCUGCGGUUACAUACAGAAAACCCUGGUGACUCAACAGUACUCUGGAGAGUGUUGUACAACCAGGGCAACCAGUGGUCCCAGGUGAACAUCCAGCUAGGGCGCCUGACCCAGCCCUUCUACUUGACACUGGAUAAAGUCAGUCUUGGCAUUUAUGAUGGGGUCUCGGCUAUUGAUGACAUCAGAUUUGAAAACUGUACCCUUCCUCUGCCUGCUGAGAGCUGCGAGGAGCCAGAUCACUUCCGUUGUCCACACACGAAUGCUUGCAUAGAAAGGCUUCGGUUAUGUGAUCUGGUGGAUGACUGUGGUGACUAUACUGAUGAAGUUGACUGUGCCCCUGAACUACAGUGUAACUUUGAGAAUGGAAUUUGUAACUGGGAACAAGACACAGAAGAUGACUUUGAUUGGACCAGGAACCAGGGUCCAACUUCAACCCUUAAUACCGGGCCCAUGAAGGAUAAUACUUUGGGCACAGUUAAAGGACACUAUCUCUACAUCGAAUCCUCCGAGCCACAGGAUUUCCAAAACAAGGCUGUUUUACUGAGCCCCACCUUUAAUGCCACUGACACCGAGGGCUGCACCUUCCGCUUACACUACCACAUGUUUGGAAAGCACAUUUACAGGCUGGCUGUCUACCAGCGAAUCUGGAGUAACUCAAGAGGACAGCUGCUGUGGCAGAUAUUUGGGGAUCAAGGCGACAGAUGGAUAAGGAAACUCCUCCACAUUUCCAGCCGGUGGCCUUUUCAGAUUUUGGUGGAGGCUUCUGUGGGUGAUGGCUUCACUGGAGAUAUUGCAAUUGAUGAUGUAUCAUUCAUGAACUGUACCCUCUACCCAGGUAAUUUGCCUGUGGACAUUCCAUCUCCACCAGAAACUUCUGUGCCAGUAACAUUACCUCCAAACAACUGCACAGACAAUGAAUUUGUCUGUAGGUCUGAUGGUCACUGUGUUGAAAAGAUUCAAAAAUGUGAUUUUAGAUAUGACUGCCCUGACAAAUCAGAUGAAUUAUCGUGUGUUAUGGAAGUUUGCACAUUUGAGAAAAAAACCUUAUGUAAAUGGUAUCUGCCAUUCCAAGCAAAUUUACAACAAGAUUCAAACAUAUUCAGGUGGGGACUUGGUAAUGGAAACAGUAUUCAUCAUGGGGAAGAAGACCACAGGCCAUCAGUAGAUCAUACAAAAAAUACCACAGAUGGCUGGUACCUGUAUGCUGACAGUUCAAAUGGGAAAUUUGGUGACCUGGCUGACAUCCUCACUCCUGUUAUUUCACUCACGGGACCAAAAUGUACCUUGCUGUUUUGGACUUACAUGAAUGGUGCCACAGUUGGGUCUCUCCAGGUACUCAUCAAGAAAGGCAAUGUGACUUCUAAAGUGUGGGCUCAAACGGGGCAACAAGGUGCACAGUGGCGGAAAGUGGAAGUCUUUUUAGGCAUUCAUUCCUACACACAGAUUGUCUUCAGGGCAAAACGUGGUGUCAGUUACAUAGGAGAUGUAGCAGUGGAUGAUGUGUCCUUUCAAGAUUGUUCCCCUUUACUUAGCCCAGACAGAAAGUGUACUGCUGAAGAAUUCACGUGUGCAAACAAGCAGUGCAUCGCAAAGGAGAAGCUGUGUGAUUUUGUGAAUGACUGUGCUGAUAAUUCAGAUGAAACUACUUACCUUUGCCGUACUUUUAGUGGGCACUGUGAUUUUGAAUUUGACCUCUGUGCCUGGGAGCAGGAUCAGGAUGAGGACUGUGACUGGAAUCUAAAACCUAGCAGCAUCCCACCUACAAGCACAGAACCGGCUGUGGACCACACCUUAGGCAAUUCAUCUGGCCAUUACAUCUUUAUAAAGAGCUAUUUUCCACAGCAACCCAUGAGGACAGCCAGACUAUCAAGCCCAGUUAUAAGUAAGAAAAGCAAAAACUGCAAGAUCAUUUUUUAUUACCACAUGUAUGGAACCGGCAUUGGGGCCCUCACCUUGACCCAAGUAUCUGUCUCAAACCAAACGAAAGUCCUACUUAAUCUCACUGCAGAACAAGGCAAUUUCUGGCGGAAACAACAAUUAUCACUGUUUGGUGAUGAGGACUUCCAAAUCAAAUUUGAAGGUAGAGUCGGCAAAGGUCACCAUGGCAGUAUUGCACUUGAUGACAUAGUGCUCACAGAGAGCUGUAUAUCAUCUCAUUCCUCCAUGAGAGAGGAACUGCCUGUUCCUCUUCCAACGGGUUACUGCCCAUAUGGCUAUCGGGAAUGUCGGAAUGGUAAAUGCUACAGAGCAGAGCAAAACUGUGAUUUUGCCGAUGAUUGUGGAGAUAAUACUGAUGAGAAUGAAUGUGGUGGCUCUUGUACUUUUGAAAGAGGCUGGUGUGGCUGGCAGAACUCCCUGGCUGAAAACUUUGAUUGGGUUUUGGGGAUUGGCUCUCAUCAAAGUCUCCGACCUCCCAAAGACCACACACUUGGAAAUGAAAAUGGGCACUUCAUGUAUCUGGAGGCUACUCCAGUGGGACUUCGGGGUGACAAAGCCCACUUCAAGAGUGCUGUAUGGCAAGAAUCCAGCAGUGCCUGCACCAUGAGCUUCUGGUAUUUCAUAUCUGCAAAAGCCACGGGGUCCAUUCAGGUUCUCAUUAAGACAGAUAAAGGACUCUCAGAAGUAUGGCAAGAAAGCAGACAGAACCCUGGUAAUCAAUGGCAAAAAGCUGUCAUUCUGCUAGGAAAGCAGAGAAACUUUGAAGUUAUCUUUCAAGGUACCAGGACAAGGGACCUGGGAGGAGGAGCUGCAAUUGAUGAUAUUGAAUUUACAAACUGCACAACUGUUGGAGAGAUUUCUGAGAUUUGCUCAGAAGCCACUGAUUUUUUGUGCGAGGACAAGAAGUGUAUUGCAGGCCACCUUGUCUGUGACUAUAAGCCAGACUGCUCUGAUAGAUCUGACGAAGCUCACUGUGGACUUUACACAAGUACAACAGGAAGCUGCAAUUUUGAAACAACUUCAGGAAACUGGACCACAGCCUGCGAUUUGACUCAAGACUCUGAGGAUGGCUUGGUUUGGGACAUUGGCAGUGAAAUUUCUGCUGAAACUUUGAGUCCAGACUCUGAUCACACACCAGGUAGUGGACGACACUUCCUCUACAUCAACUCUUCCAGCCCCAAAGAAGGAGCCACUGGAAGAAUCAUUACCACCAAAUAUUUCCCAGCAAGCCUUGGAAUGUGUGCUGUUCGGUUCUGGUUCUAUAUGGUCGAUCCCAGGAAUAUGGGGAUAUUAAAGGUGUAUACCAUUGAAGAAUCGGGACUAAACAUCCUUGUAUGGUCAGCGAUUGGAAAUAAAAGAACUGGAUGGAUGUAUGGACAUGUACCUCUCUCUACUAACAGUCCCUUCAAAGUGGCAUUUGAAGCUGAUUUGGGUGGAAAUGAUAACAUCUUCAUUGCCCUUGAUGACAUCUCCUUCACCCCAGAGUGUGUGUCUGGAGGUCCCGUCACAAUACAGCCAUCACUCUGUGAAGCUGAUCAGUUUGCAUGUAUCUACACUCUCCAGUGUGUCCCUAUCUCAGGAAAGUGUGAUGGACAGGAAGAUUGCCUUGAUGGAUCUGAUGAAAUGGACUGUCCCCUCAGACCCUCUCAGCCAUGUGGUAACAUGGAGUUCCAGUGCUCUGCAGACCAGUGUAUCCCAUCUCUCCUGCUAUGUGACGGAGUGCCCGACUGUCACUUUAAUGAAGAUGAAUCCAGCUGCUCCAAUAAGAGCUGUUCUGAUGGAGCUCUGGUAUGCACCUCUUCUAACAGCUGCAUCCCAGCUCACCAGCGCUGUGAUGGCUUUGCUGACUGCAUGGAUUUCCAAGUAGAUGAGUCUAGCUGUUCAGAGUGUCCAUUAAAUUAUUGCAAAAAUGAUGGGAUUUGUGUGGUGGAGAAAAAUGGUCCUAUGUGUCGAUGUGGACAAGGAUGGAAGGGAAAUCGAUGCCACAUCAAGUUCUACCCUCCUACCUUAGAUGUCAUGUACAGUCAGAACAACAUAUGGACGCUUCUGGGUAUUGGAUUGGCAUUCCUGGUGACUCAUGUUAUAGUUGCUAUCUUAUGUUGUCUUGCAAACAGAAAAGGACCAGUCAGAUUAUGUAGGAGCCUUUUUGAAGACACCAAAGGGGGUGGAGGGAGAGGGAGAGAUCGAGACUAUAACAUUGUUCACAGACUGAAAACAGAUCAGGAGCUGUAUACACCCUCCUGGUAG